UCUUAUUCUUUUAGGGUUAGUCGAUGCACAUCACGAGUUGGACGUGGAUCUGACGUCACCAUUUUAUAUGGUUAUUCCAGCCCCUCCAGACUAGUAUCUCACACAGUGAGAAAAAAGGAUAGGAAGAAAGGCAGAAAUGCGAGAUUCAGACUUCCGGAAAGGAUUUAUCCAUGUCUCAUUGCAAUGGCUGAUUGGUGUGUGAUGUGAUAGUCGGUGGUUGCGUAAGGAUUUGGUACUGUAGCAUGGAUGACUGACUGGUGUUUCUGGACUGGCUCACGGAGUUGAGCGGAUCGAUGCAGUAUAUACUAAUAGUGCCUGCCACUUUCUUUUCUUCUUCUUCUUCUUCUGUCUUUUGUCUUCUUUUCGCUGUCUGGGUUGGGACUUUUCUGUAUCGCUUCAUACAAUAUACAGACUGACUGUAUACGGGCUGGACUUUCAUCAAAUUGAUAUCAUCUUAUAACCAUGGCUCCCAUAACCCUUCUCGCAAGGCAAUCCACCUCUUCAUCAGACUCAUGCUCCAACAAUCUUUCCGGCGGGGCUAUCGCCGGCAUCGUAAUCGGCUCAAUCGCAGGCACACUGCUAAUCAUCUGGCUCAUCAAAUCAUGCUACCUACCUGGUGCACCGGGCAACCGCGAUCCGGACGGGACAAACGGUGCGCCUGAGGUGGUCUAUUCUUCAUCGUCGAGACCCCGACGGGAACGACGAUCGAGAGGGUAUCGGUCUGGUGGAGGGGAUUAUGUGGAAUAUAUUGAAAAGUCGCCUGUGAGGGUGAGUCGGAGUCGGACUCGGAGGGGGAGCGUGGCGAGCGUGUCGAGGCCGGAGAGGGUUUAUAUUUCUUGACUUGAAUCUCUCUUUAUGGACCCGAGUGAGAUUGGGGGGGAUUAUUUUGGUGGCGAUGGAAGGAAGGAGUGUAUAAUGUUUGUUUCUGUUAUGAUUGACGAUGACGAUGACGAUGUUCAUGUAUACCUAAUGUGUUAGUUAAUGCUUCUUGAUACUUCCAGUUGAUAACUAAGUUACAGGGAUGAACGGUGACGCAAAACUUCUAGGGCAAGAGAUAGGGCAUGGAAAAGCACGUGCUAUUGCUCGG